UUACCAGUACUGGGGGCGCGUCUGUAAAGUGGGAAGCGGGUUUCAGUUUCAAACCCAAACAGUGCUAGGGAAGAGCAAGCGGUAUAUGAGAUAACGUUAAAUUCAUAUCGUCAAAGCAUAUAUUUGUAAUAUUUUAACGUCAUACAAACGUUACGCCGCUGUGUCGUUAUUAUAGCUAAAGCUACUGUUCACAGAUUCCGUGGAAAAGUCAGCCGCGGCGUCUUCGCUCCAGUUUUCCGCGCCUGGUUAAUUUGGAUGACAAACCGAAGCCUGGAUUAUUUGCUGCAGGUGUUGACCAUUCGAGAUACUGUACCAGACUGGGAAACUGCGACUCUGCUUUAAUUUAACAUAUUCCCGAUAUAACAAGCCAUUUCUGCAAGAAACAUGCCGAGGUCCAACAGGCAAAGAGAGUACAAACCCGGAGAUCUUGUAUUCGCUAAAAUGAAGGGGUAUCCACACUGGCCUGCGAGGAUUGAUGAGCUACCUGAAGGAGCCGUGAAGUCUCCCUCAAACAAGUACCAGGUUUUCUUUUUUGGAACACAUGAGACGGCAUUCCUUGGAGCCAAAGAUUUGUUACCAUAUGAUGAAAAUAAGGAGAAGCUUGGAAAACCAAACAAGAGGAAAGGCUUCACUGAGGGACUCUGGGAGAUUGAGAACAACCCCACUGUCACGCAUGAAGGCUACGAGUCGUCAAAGAAGGAGAAUGCAUCAGAAGGAGCAGGGGACACCGGUGGUUCAGAGAAGCCUGAAGCUGAAGGCAGCAGUGAUGAGGAUGAAGGAGCCUUGGUCAUUGACGAGAAGAAUGAGAAGGGAGGAACUAAGCGAAAAGCAGAGGAGUCCACAGAGGCUUCUCCCAAACGACCGAAGGAUACAGAGGCAGGGGGCGACCCUAAAGUAGACGACAACAAGUCGAACGCAGAGGCAAAGCUGAAUGAUGUGGCUGCACCUAAGUUGACGGCUCCCUCCUCUCAGAGCGAGUCAAAAGCAGAGAACCAGGAAAAUGCUGCAGCAGGAGGCCAGCUCACAGCAGAGAAGCCAGUGACAGACAGCGCUUAACGUCAAAACCCUCAGAAGGAAACAGAGAAACUUCUACGCUUUUCUCUGGAAUUUGAGCAUCAACAAGAUUACCUGUAGGGUGCCAGAUUUCAGCUCUUUAAUUAAUAGGAGAAAAAAAGUGUUUAUAUCAAGACAUAAAAAAAUCCUUAUUUGCCAGUUUUGGGAUAUCAUAUAUCCCAGAAAUAAAGAAAAAGUUUGCUAAUCUGAUUUCAAACAACUGAAAUGAGCACUUUAAGGCUCGUUUAUAAAUGGGAUUUUGGUGUGUAUAUAUUUUUUAUUUCUAAGUGCAAUUACAUAAUUACAAAGACUGAAUGCUAGGUGUCAAAUAAAAACAUUUUUCAGUUUCGAGGGAAAUAAACACGGGCUAUAUGACAAAUAAUAAAAGUGGAAAACAUUUUAACCACAAAAAAGCUCCCAUUUGAAGGUUUUAAAACUUAGAUAUUGUACAGGAAUAAGAGGAAAUUGUCACACAUGCUCUCAGCUUUAGUUCCAGCAUAAGAAUAAUCACUUCCAUCUGUUUAGUGUCUAGCUUUGCAGCUUUGUUUUAAGCAUAUAUUCAGUCAGCGCAUUCAUGAUGGGUUGCACCUUAAGAAAUAAUUUUUUCUUGCUUGACUCAUCAUGUCCAGUUCUUGGUAUUUUUUUUUUUUUUUGCAAUGCAGGUUUUAUUGCUCUGUUGUGGUUUGUGCUUCAAGCAGGUGACCAAAUUAUGUGCUUGAUUAAACCAAAUUGAAAAUACAGCGCCCAUUUAAGAACUAUUUUAGAAUUUAAUCAGUAACUGUUAACUUUAUUGAAAGCUGAAAGACAUUCCUGAAUGUUGCUCUCUUGACAUUUUAAAGUCAAGCUGGAGCUGUGCCGUCUGUUGGUGGCAAGAGUAACCCCUCACUUCUUUUUCUGGAUAAAUUCUGGCAAAUAUUUAAGAAAUCCAAUAACUCAUUUCAGUUUCAUGUUGUGAUUUGUUUAGCUCGCAUGAAUGCUGCCAUUGCUUCAAACUGGAUAUGUAAUAGUGAAGAUUUGCAUUCAGUAAUUGAUUGUACCAAAUAUUUUUUCAGCUUUGACAAUGCCAAUUUAUCUACCACAAAUUAAGAAACGACAGAGUGAAUCACCUUUAAAGUUUUUGGUUUUUUUGUUUCCAAGUCCUCCUAACUGGAAAAUAAGGCUGUUUACUUUAAUGCUCUGAUUAUCAUUUGGCUGUUAAAGUUUUGAUGUUUUACCAGUGUGUUUCAUUUCAACAUUUGUUUCAAAAAUGGUCAAAAAGUGUUAUUUUUCACUAAAUAUUAAAGGUUAUUGGUUUUCUAAUUGCUCACCCUGCUCAUCAUGUUACUUGGAUGUCAUUCAGUGUACAUUUGUGUAUUUGGCUUAGUGUUCCCACAUUGAAUGAAAUAUUGAACUUUAAAAAAUCUUUUAAGAGGAGAUAUGACUCAUGACUGCUACUAAAUUGUCAAAGUGGCCCAGUAAAAUCUAGAGUUUAAUUACUAAAGGGUAUCAUUUGGCAUAAAAGUGUAAGUCUUGGUUUCUUUUAGAAGCUGUCAUUUAUCUUAAUCUGCUGCUUAGUUCACUGUUGUAGUUGCCAGUCCAUUUAAUAAACUUGUCAAUUACAAAU